AUGUCGAUCCUCACUCUCAAGGAGGACAGGCCUACACCUAAGGCCGUGUACAACUGGCGCGUCUACAUGUGCGCCGCCGUCGCCUCAUUCGCAGCAUGCGUCAUCGGCUAUGACUCUGCCUUUAUCGGCACAACACUCGCCUUGCCCUCCUUCACCGAGGAGUUCAGAUUCGCCGACUACUCGGAGGAUGGCCUUGCACUUCUCAAGCAGAACAUUGUCUCCGUCUACCAGGCUGGCGCCUUCUUUGGCAGCUUGGCAGCCUAUGCCACCAGUCACUUCUGGGGCCGCAAACUGUCCCUCGUCGGGUUCACUGUCAUCUUCUGCAUCGGUGCCGGCAUCAUGCUGGGCGCGAAUGGCGACCGUGGUCUCGGCCUCAUCAUUGGUGGUCGCGUCCUCGCCGGUUUCGGCAUCGGUGGCUGCUCCAACAUGACACCCAUCUACAUUUCCGAGCUGUCUCCCCCUGCCGUGCGCGGUAGGCUCGUCGGUAUCUACGAGCUGGGCUGGCAGAUUGGCGGUCUCGUCGGCUUCUGGAUCAACUAUGGCGUCGACAGCACCAUGGAACCCAGCCGCACGCAGUGGCUCAUUCCCUUUGGCGUCCAGCUGAUUCCUGCCGGCAUCCUGCUCAUUGGCGUCUGCUUUAUCCCGGAGUCGCCUCGUUGGCUCUUCUCCAAGGGCCGCCGCGAUAAGGCAGUCAAGGUGCUGUGCUGGAUGAGAAACCUUGAGCCUACCGACGUUUACAUUAUCGAGGAGAUUAGCUUCAUUGACGCCGACCUCGAAAAGUUCCGCCGUGAAGUGGGGGCCGGGUUCUGGAAGCCUUUUGUCUCCCUCAAGGACAGGAAGAUCCAGCAGCGCUUCCUCAUCGGUGCCCUUCUGUUCGUCUUCCAGAACGGAUCAGGCAUCAACGCCAUCAACUACUACAGUCCCACGGUAUUCAGGAGCAUUGGCAUCACGGGCACAAACACUAGCUUCCUCACCACUGGCAUCUUUGGCGUCGUCAAGACUGUCCUCACGUUUGUCUGGCUCCUCGUCCUCAUUGAUCACAUGGGCCGUCGUCUCCUGCUCAUGAUUGGCGCUAUUGGCGGCUCGCUCUGCAUGUGGUUCAUCGGUGCCUACAUCAAGAUUGCCGGCGCGGGCAACCAGACUACCGACGCCAAUGGCGACAGCUCACUCUCCAGCGGAGGCAUCGCGGCCAUCUUCAUGUUCUACCUCUGGACGGCCUUUUACACGCCGUCCUGGAACGGCACACCCUGGGUUCUCAACUCGGAGAUGUUUGACCAGAACACGCGCUCCCUCGGCCAGGCCAACGCCGCCGCCAAUAACUGGUUCUGGAACUUUAUCAUUGCCCGUUUCACGGUCAACAUGUUCAAUGCCUGGGGCUACGGCGUGUACUUUUUCUUUGCCUCCAUGAUGAUCAUCUCCAUCGUCUUUGUCUUCUUCUUUGUGCCCGAGACCAAGGGUAUUCCCCUCGAGGCCAUGGACCGUCUCUUUGACGCCAAGCCACGCUGGAACGCCAACAAGAUUCUCAUGGACGAGCUGCACAGGGAAAAUGGGGAUGAAGAUGGCCAUGACGACGCGAAGCUGACGCAGGAUCAUUUUGAAGGAAAUGGAAAGCAGGUUUAG